CAUUUCCGUUCGUGAUCCCCAAGACCAUCAUACUCUUGAACUCUUUACUUGGUUGACUACAUCUGUACCUAUUGACUCCAAAUGACCUCAUAUCUUCCUCACAUAAUGCCUAAUUAACUAGCAUAUGCCCACACACCUAGUAGAAAAGCCCAUCUUUCUCUUCAAAGCUUAUUACAUCACAAACUAUAGGUUAAGGCAAUAGGAUCAAGAAAUGAGUGAAAUCAAGAAGGCAGAGUUGGUCAUCAUACCAUCUCCUGGAAUGGGUCAUCUGGUACCCGCAAUAGAGAUGGCAAAGCUCCUUAUAACGAGAGAUGAUCAGCUCUCCGUUACUGUCCUUAUCAUGAACAUGAACCUAGACUCCAAUCUCAAUCCUUACAUCCAAUCACUUUCCUCAAAUGCUAAUUGCACCUCAUCAAAAUUGAAAUUUAUACUUCUCCCUCGAGAUGAAUCCACUUUGCAACUCCUCAACAGCAAAACAUUCUUUUCUGGAUUUAUUGAUAGCCAUAAGCCUCAGGUUAGACAGGUUGUGGCUCAAAUUCAGCAAACAGCUACACUAUCGGGAUUUGUGGUAGACAUGAUGUGUACCACAAUGAUAGAUGUGGCUAAUGAAUUUGGUGUCCCGACUUAUGUUUUCUACACGACUAGUGCAGCUGUGCUUGGCCUCCACUUUCAUAUGCAGAGCCUAAGGGAUGAUUUUAACACGGAUGUUACCAAUUACAAGGAUGACCCUGAAUCAGAACUCUCUGUACCUUCAUAUUUAAAUCCAUUUCCAGCGAAAUGUUUGCCGUUCAUACUCUUGGACAAGGAAGGUGGUUCCACUAUGUUCCUUGAUAUUUCCAAAAGAUAUCGAGAAACCAGAGGAAUCUUGGUGAACACCUUGCAGGAGUUGGAAACUCAUGCCAUGAAAUCGCUCUCUCUGGACGAGAAAAUCCCACCCGUUAAUCCAGUAGGACCAGUGCUGAAUCUCAAUAGUUGCGUCGGCAAUAAGGAAGAGUCAUCUCGAGGGGAAAUUAUCAAAUGGUUAGAUACACAAACUCCAUCCUCUGUAGUGUUCCUCUGCUUUGGAAGCUCGGGAAGUUUCAAUAAAGAGCAAGUGAAGGAAAUUGCGCAGGCUCUAGAGGGCAGCGGUGUCAGGUUCUUGUGGUCUCUAAGAAAGCCACCACCUAAAGAUUCAUGGUAUCCAAGUGACUAUGAGAACCCGGAAGAUGCCUUGCCGGAGGGGUUUCUGGAAAGGACGAAACGGAUUGGAAAGGUGAUAGGAUGGGCACCCCAAUCUGUAAUCUUGUCUCAUCCAUCCGUGGGUGGAUUUGUGUCGCACUGUGGUUGGAAUUCAGUAUUGGAGAGUAUCUGGUUCGGAGUGCCAAUGGCAACUUGGCCAAUGUAUUCGGAGCUGCAAGCAAAUGCGUUUCAAUUAGUGAAGGAUUUGGGUAUGGCAGUGGAUAUUAAGAUGGAUUAUAAUAUCAGGGGAAGUAACACAUACGUUAUAAAAGCGGAGGACAUAGAGAAAGCAAUAAGGCAGUUGAUGGAUCCUGAAAAUGAAAUAAGGACGAAGGUGAAAGACAUGAAGGAGAAGAGCAGAUUGGCUCUAGAGGAAGGUGGCUCAUCCUACACUUGUGGACGUUUUAUUGAGCAGGUUAUGGGCAACAUCUAAAUAAUGAACAGUCCUGCAUUUCCAUUCAGUUGCUAUCCAAGUGUGUCCAACAGCACUGCAGCGGUAGGGUUCUUAGGUAGCUGAGAGUAUUCUCACUUAUGCUUAUUCUUCCAUAAUGGUAAUUGUAGUAUAUAUAUAUUUUUUUUUUAUCUUUUUUGUUAUACCAUUUCUGUUACUAUGUAUUUGCAUUAGCUACAUUUCUGUUCAACUGCAAUCCAAGUGUGUCUAGCAUGACUAAUAAUACUUUUUUUUUUUACAA